GGACUGUCAAGAUGGCGGCUCCCAGGAGCUGUGUCCUGUGGAGCUGCGGCCGUGGGUGGUGGCGAGCUCUGCCUGCCUGCAGGUUUCCCGGACUUUGUAGCUCCGGAUCCGGGGUCCCUCUGGGUGCGCGACACUUGUCCCAACAGAAGCGAACCACCGAGACGCACUUCGGCUUUGAGUCUGUGUCGGAAGAGGAGAAGGGAGGCAAAGUCCAUCAGGUAUUUGAAAGUGUGGCCAAGAAGUAUGAUCUGAUGAAUGAUAUGAUGAGUCUUGGCAUCCAUCGUGUUUGGAAGGAUUUCCUGCUCUGGAAAAUGCAACCAUUUCCGGGAACCCAACUGCUCGAUGUGGCUGGAGGCACAGGUGACAUUGCCUUCCGGUUCCUUAAUUAUGUUCAGGCACAGCAUCGGAGGAAACAGAAGAGACAGUUAAGGACCCAGCAAAAUUUAUCCUGGGAAGAAAUUGCCAAAAAGUACCAGAACAAAGAGGAUCCCUUGGGUGGUUCUUUUGUUAUGGUCUGUGACAUCAACAAGGAGAUGCUUAAGGUUGGAAAGCAGAAAGCUGUUGGCCAAGGAUAUGAUACUGGACUUGCAUGGGUCCUGGGAGAUGCUGAAGAACUUCCCAUCCAUGAUGACAAGUUUGACGUUUACACCAUUGCCUUUGGGAUCCGGAAUGUCACUCACAUUGAUCGGGCACUCCAGGAAGCCUACCGGGUCCUAAAGCCAGGAGGACGGUUUCUCUGUCUGGAGUUUAGUCAAGUGAGCAAUCCCGUCAUAUCCAGGCUUUAUGAUCUCUACAGCUUCCAAGUCAUUCCUGUCCUAGGAGAAAUCAUUGCGGGAGAUUGGAAAUCCUAUCAGUACCUUGUGGAGAGUAUCCGGAAGUUCCCAAGUCAGGAAGAGUUCAAGGAGAUGAUCGAAGAUGCAGGUUUUCAGAAAGUGACUUACGAAAGUCUAACUAGAGGGAUUGUAGCUAUUCAUUCUGGCUUCAAACUUUAACUCUUUUCUUCACCUGGAACAUGAAUCAGUCAUAUCUUGUUGAAGCUGGAAGCUGCAAGAUAAUCUCCCUGAGGAGACUGCAACUGAGUAUCUCCUCUUAAAGAUAUGAACUGUGGACCCAUGUUUUGAAUCGACCAAUCUCAACUGGAAGAAACUGUUCCUUUCAUUCUUGCAGUGCCUAUUAUAAGCUGUUCAAGCCGCUUGGGCCUUCUCCCAGAAGUGUUUGGCCUGGGUUUGGCUCUUAGUUGUGCAGUGUGGCGUUCAGGUGAAACCAGCACUAAAGGAGUUUUGAAGUA